GGGAGAGGCAUAGUGAUUUCUAUGGAGAUAUGAAGUCUUUUCUCCGUCAGCUCCAUCCAAAGGCAUCUAUAUUCAGACCAACUGGGACCAGCAACAAUUUACAAUGAUGUGCUGUGAGUUUCAGUUCAGAGGCCAUUCCAAAUGGCAUUGGGUUUGGAGGGCCAGUUAAUCACUUUGGCCAUGUUCCUCUCAGCAGGCUUUGAUCAGGGACACACUUUCUCUUGCACAACAUUCAACAGCCCUUGCCUUUCAAAGAACAGUAAAAUCUGCCCAGAACUGAUAGAAUGCUGGGGAAUUGUGAGAAAAGGAAAACAAGAAGAAAGACAAGAUGCUCCUAAAGUUACUGUGUUAGAAAGGUUUAAGGAGGACCAGAAUAUGCUCAGUGUGGUAGGGAUUGCAAAUGCUAGCGAGUAAAUGUGAUCAUCUUUGGCCUUCACUUUUGGAUGUGGCUUCAACAUUCGGAUCAGUGCUUAAGAUUCAUUUUCAUCAUUUUUGCAAGUUUGAAUGCAGCAACUUCGGCGGUAACACUCAAAGCUUCAAAAUCAAAUCUAAACAAAACGGAUAUCUUAAUACAUCCUUCACACUUUGGACCUAUUCUUUACAGUCCAUUUGUGCUUCGGUUGUCAUUUUCUUUGCAGCAUAUAGUAACAUCUCUCUCUAACUGUUCAGCACCUCCUUCACCAGAAUCACCACAGCUUCUUCUUUAGACUUUGCUGGAGGUUCUGCAACAUCAAGGUAGCAUCUAACGUAGACUUUAUCUUUA